AAAACAAUAAUUUCUGGACCUAGCCUGACCGUGUAGGGACAAGAAAGCUCCCCUGCCCAACCUGAAGGAGGAACUGAUGAUGGAAGCAUCACAUCUACUCAAGAAAGACCAGGAAGUUCUCCGCCUUCCCACUUUUCCUUUGAUUAGAAAACUGUAGCCCAACAGCCUGGGGUUAUCAUGAAUCCACCCAAGAUUGCUCCCUGCUGUCCAGACCUGGCCUCCACUCCCCCUCCCCGGAAAGUGCAGUCAUGCUGUUCUCCAGCCCUCCUCCCACACUGUCUUUUGUGUCCUGAGCACCAAGCCCCACCACUUACAGCUGCUCUAGCACCAUCUUCCACACACGAGGAAAUGAGAAAAAUACCAAACAAUGCGAACCUGAGGAUGACGAAGGUGGCGUACCCGCUGGGGCUGUUCGUGUGCCUGUUCAUCUACGUCGCCUACAUCAAGUGGCACUGGGCCUCCGCCACCCAGGCCUUCCUCGGCAUCCCCGAGGCGGCCACGGGGGGCCGGAGGGGCCAGCAGGCCCACAGUCCCCCGAGGCCAGGCACCCACGGACCUGAGGUCUCCUACGGCAUCAUGUUUGACGCGGGCAGCACCGGCACCCGUGUGCACGUCUUCCAGUUCAGCCGGCAGCCUGGAGAAACUCCCACCUUGACCCAUGAAACCUUCAAAGCACUGAAGCCAGGUCUUUCUGCUUAUGCUGAUGACGUUGAAAAGAGCACGCCAGGGAUCCAGGAGCUACUGGACGUGGCCAAACAGGACAUCCCUUUUGACUUCUGGAAGGCCACCCCCUUGGUCCUCAAGGCCACAGCUGGUCUGCGCCUGUUGCCAGGAGAAAAGGCUCAGAAGUUGCUGCGGAAGGUCAAAGAAGUGUUUGAGGCGUCGCCAUUCCUGGUGGGGGACGACUGUGUUUCCAUCAUGAACGGGACAGACGAAGGUGUUUCCGCGUGGAUCACCGUGAACUUCUUAACAGGCAGCCUGAAGACCUCCGGGAGGGGCAGCGUGGGCAUGCUGGACCUGGGCGGGGGGUCCACCCAGAUCACCUUCCUCCCGAGACUCGAGGGCACCCUUCAGGCCUCGCCGCCCAGCUUCCUCACGUCCCUCCAGGUGUUUAACAGGACCUACAGACUCUACUCCUACAGCUACCUGGGGCUUGGCUUGAUGUCGGCGAGACUGGCAGUCCUGGGAGGCGAGGAGGGGAAGCCUGCUGAGGACGGACAGGAGCUGGUCAGCCCUUGUCUGUCUGCCGGUUUCAGAGGAGAGUGGGAGCAUGCUGAGGUGACGUACAGGAUUGCCGGACAGGAGACAGCGGGGAGCCUCUACCAGCUGUGUGCCCGCCGAGUGUCCGAGAUCCUUCGAAACAAAGUGCGCAAGACGGAGGAAGUGAAGGACGUGGAGUUCUAUGCCUUUUCCUACUAUUACGACCUUGCCGCAAAUGUGGGCCUCAUAGAUGCGGAGAAGGGAGGCAGCCUUGUCGUCGAGGACUUCGAGGUCGCGGCCAAGUAUGUGUGCCGGACGGCGGAGACCCGGCCGCCACCUAGCCCCUUCCUGUGCCUGGACCUCACCUACGUCAGCUUGCUGCUCCAGGAGCUCGGCUUCCCGGGGGACAAAGUGCUGAAGCUGACCCGGAAGAUCGACAAUGUGGAGACCAGCUGGGCUCUGGGCGCCACUUUUCAUUACAUCGACUCCCUGAGGAGACACAAGAGCCCCGCCGCGUAGCUGCCAAGUUGCCGGCCGUCCUUGCAGAAGCGCAGGCUCUGCGAAAGAAGGCCCCUUUGGGAACCCUGACUUGCAGGAUGGGGGCCACGGUGCCGGCCGGGACCCUCCUCCCCACGGCCACACACGCCAGCCCCUGGGUGCGCUGGAACGCAGCCCAGGCUUUGGCUCCAGGUGGACGGUGUCCAGAUGGGGCAGGGGGCACAGACUGAGGCCAGGGCGGCCCCGCUGCCAUCCACACUGUCCCAUCUCAGGCCUGGGACGGCCGUGACACGCGUCCUAUGACAGGAGUCUUGUUCUGUGCUGCUCUCCAGCGGGCGUCCCCCUGGACCGGUGGGCUUGGCAUCCCCGGGGGUGUGGACUGUGAUGUCAUCCAGAAGCCGCGUCCUCAGGGGGCUCAGGCUCAGCUGCUGGGUUGGCACUGAGUGUGGGAGGAGGGCUGGAGGGGAUGUCUCUCCGUGGCCCACCUGCCUGGGCUCCCCGAGGAGUCUGAAUGUGAAUGUGCGCUGCUGUGAAGAGUGUGUAUGUCUGUGUGUGACGUCUGUGUGGUGCCAAACACUCACGCAGAAGCUGUGUCCUGAGCUGUGUAUGGGUGUGUGUGUGUGUGUCUGAGUGUGCACUGCUGUGAAGAGUGUGUGUGUCUGUGUGUGGCGUCUGUGUGGUGCCAAGCACUCGUGCAGAAGCUGUGUCCUGAGCCGUGUAUGUGUCUGAAUGUGAGUGUGCGCUGCUGUGAAGAGUGUGUGUGUGUGUCUGUGUGUGACGUCUGUGGUGCCAAGCACUCAUUCAGAAGCUGUGUUCUGAGCCGCGCGUGUGUGUGUGUGAGAGGGUGACGUCUGUGUGGUGCUGAGCGCUCGCACAGAAGCUGUGUCCUGAGCCCACUGGAUGUAUCGCUGCCUGAGCCGUUGGCCGCCAAGCAGUGUCCACCCGGCCACAGCCACGGAUCCACCCUCUGGCGGCCCGGCCCCCACGGACUCGCGGGGUGCUGGCCGAGCCGGACACAGGGCUCUGUGGGCCCCAGGCCCACAGUUGCUCCUGUGGUGAAUGUACAGUUCUCGAAAUAAGCUGAACCUCAUGUGUUCCACUUGAAAUAAAGGGUUUUCCAGGG